AUGCCUCAGCAGGCGCUUGCUAGGAAAAAUCUCAGGAUUGCAUGUAUCUCCAAUACUGUAAAGUGUGUCAGUCUUAUAAGGCACCACGUUCACACCACUGUCGAAAGUGCAACAGCUCCACUGGGAUGCAUUCACGCUUCUUUCAUAUUUGUUAUGACUAUGUACACUCAGCUUUACAACAGAAUAUCUUUUGGGUGGAGUUCUGUAAAGAUUGACAUGAGUGCAGCCAAAAGAGACCCUCGACCCAUUAUUCCCUUUGGACUGUCUGCAUUUGCUGCAUCUUUAUUUGCCUUAGGACUGGCAUUAGGAACAACUAUUGCUGUUGGUAUGCUGUUUAUUAUCCAGAUGAAAAUCAUUUUGACAAAUAAAACUUCAAUCGAGUCCUGGAUUGAAGAAAAGGCCAAAGACAGAAUCCAGUACUACCAAACGGGUGAGAUCUUUAUUUUUCCCUAUGACAUGGGAAGUAAAUGGAAAAACUUCAAGCAAGUGUUUACAUGGUCCGGAAUUCCUGAGGGAGAUGGCCUGGAUUGGCCAGUAAGAGAUGGCUGUCAUCAGUACAGUUUGACGAUAGAGCAACUGAAACAGAAAGCAGACAAGCGAGUAAGAAGCGUGCGGUAUCAAGCAGUGGAAGAUUACAGUGGUGUCUGCUGCCCUGUGACUAAGGGUGUUGAAACAUUCUUCACAACACCGUGCACUGAAGAACCUAGAAUUGCACUGAGUAAAGGGGAUCUGAUUUUAGCCACAAGAGGCUUAAAACACUGGAUGUAUGGUGAGAAGAUUCUCGACUCAGCUGCUGAUGGUGGAAUAAGAGAACGAGGCUGGUUCCCUAGGAAAUGUGUGGAAAAAUGCCAAUAUGACUCUGAAACGGAUCAACCAGUGGAUGGAGAGAAGAAAAACAGAUAGCCUUCUCAUUUUUUUUCAAUAAGAAAAGGAAUUUUUACUUCAGAACACAAUCCUUUACUUGAAAUUUUCUGUGUAUUACUUUAGACUUAUGCAAUGAAUAUGUUAGGACAAGGUUUUCUUUUCCUCACAGCUGAAAGGGUUGGAUAUGCCUGUGCCAUGGUUUGCAUACUUUUUUUAACAAUAAUUAAUUGAAGAAGCCAUUCAGUGGAUUGCCUUCAAGAUUCAUCUUUUUCAUCCUAAGUCAGGUUUUUUUCUUUGUGCUGUUUAAAUUGCAUUCUGAGGGUUCAUAUUUUAUUUUUUUCCUCAACUGCAUCUGACUGUGAUGCCUGCUGCUUAUCUUUUGUAUUUUACUUUCUCUGAAGCUGCCCCUGAAAGCGAAAAUAAACAUCUGAUUCAAAUUCAAGAUAAAAUUUGUUACCUGUGACUUUUAAUGAUG